GAGCACGAGCAGCUUUCUUCGCAAGGCUUGGUCGGCCUGAAGGCAGCCUCUCGGUUGAGCGAGACUGCCUGCUUCAACCACCUCUUUUUGUCCGUGAAUGCGUUGCCGUCAGCUGAUUGAUCUAUCGAGCCUCUACCAAUUUUCCAGACGUGAGCGCGCUGCUCGGAAUUCUACUUGAGCUCCGUGACCUCGCGCACCAACGUCACACGGCUCUUCGAAUCUCUGAUCUCCUUGGCAACUCUCGGCCACUUGCCCAACAGAGCGCACGAGCUGCACGCGCGCAGUCACGACUCCAAGCUCAGUCCCGUUCUGCGUCACAGCCGACAAGCUUUGCCUCCACACCAUGUCGGAGGUACCAAGAGCUGCGAAGGAUGGAUCAUCGGCACAGGCCACGAGCUCAGCAGUGACCUACGAACUUCCAUGGGUGGAGAAGUAUCGACCCACCAGGCUGGACGAUGUGGUUGGUAAUAGCGCCACAGUGGAUCGAUUGAAGGUAAUUCAAGAAGAUGGCAAUUGUCCACAUCUGCUUAUAUCGGGACUGCCAGGUAUCGGAAAGACAACCAGCGUGCACUGCCUGGCUCACGCUUUGCUUGGAGACGCAUACAAGGAAGGGGUUCUGGAACUCAAUGCCAGCGAUGAGCGCGGCAUCGACGUUGUGCGCAACAAGAUCAAGAACUUUGCCCAAAAGAAAGUCACGCUGCCUCCUGGUAGACACAAGAUCAUCAUUCUCGACGAAGCGGAUUCCAUGACGCCUGGCGCACAGCAAGCUUUGCGAAGGACCAUGGAGAUCUAUGCCAAUACUACGAGGUUCUGCUUCGCUUGCAACCAGAGCAACAAGAUCAUCGAUCCUAUCCAAUCCAGAUGCGCAAUCUUGCGGUACGGAAAGCUGAGAGACGAAGAAGUGAUGGGCAGGUUGAAGGAGAUUUGCAAAUUGGAGGAUGUCAAGUACUCUGCGGAGGGGUUAGGAGCGCUCGUCUUCACCUCGGAAGGAGAUAUGAGACAAGCGAUCAACAACUUGCAAUCGACCUGGACGGGUUUGGGCUUCGUCUCUCCCGAUAAUGUCUUCAAGGUCUGCGAUCAACCCCACCCCGUUGUGAUUCGUCAGAUUCUCUUAUCCUGCAACAAGGGGGAUGUAGACUCUGCUAUGGAGAAGCUGGAUGAGCUCUGGACUCAAGGGUAUGCUGCAGUGGACAUCGUCACUGGACUAUUCAGGGUGGUAAAGACGAUCGACCAGAUGCCUGAAGCGCUCAAGCUAGACUUUAUACGCGAAAUCGGUUGGACACACAUGCGCGUCUUGGAAGGAGUGUCUACUCUCAUUCAGCUCGGCGGUCUCGUUGCGCGGCUCGCAAAGAUCCAUCACCCCAAGGAGCAGUUUCUCAUUUGAGCAGCACGUUCUGGCCCACCGCAAUCAGAUGACCGCAUACAAUUGUACUAUUACACAUUGCAGCAUUGCUGCUUGAAAUCUCCAGCGUCUCCCGCAUGGCGCUGCUGCCUUUGCGCAUGAAGAGUUCAGGGCGCGGCAUCGUUCAAUGAGAGUGGAGUGCAUGCUUGCCACCUUCAUGAGGCAAGUCACACGCUGGAAGACCACGAAACCCGCCGGAGAAAAGGCCCAGCGUCUGCUGCUAUAAAGCCGCG